CAACUGGCUUUUGUACAUUCAUUGGUGGGAAUCUUGUGACUUGGAAGUCGAAGAAGCAGAAAGUGGUCUCUUGUUCGAGUGCUGAAGCAGAGUAUAGGGCUAUGAAGAAACUCACAAACGAGUUAACAUGGCUAAAGGCUUUGCUGAAGGACUUUGGGAUCGAGCAGAAGACUCCAAUCACCUUUCAUUGUGACAAUCAAGCGGCGAUCCAUAUUGCUACAAACUCAGUGUUUCACGAGAGAACGAAGCAUAUAGAGACCGACUGCCACAAGACAAGAGAGAAGGUAGAAGAUGGUACCAUUCUCCCUUGUUACACUAAAAGCUCGGACCAAUUGGCCGAUAUCUUCACCAAGGCAGCAAGUAACCAAGUUUGCCAAUUUAUCCAUGGUAAACUUGGUCUUGUAGACCUCACACAUCCUUGAGAAAGACUCUCCAACUUGUUGGGACAAUACUCUUUUUCCCUAGGCUUGGUUUUGUCCCACGUGGUUUUCCAAGCUUAGGUUUUUAAUGAGGUUGUUCUUGCGAGUGCCAAGUUUAUACACAAUGAGUAUUGUAGUAUAAACUUGAGGGGGAGUGUUAAUCAAGAAGACAUUUAACACUUGGGUUACUCGGGUUACUCGGGUUACAGGUUACAGGGUUAAAUGUAGGUUACUUGGGUUACUCGGGUUACAGGUUACUUGGGUUACUCGGGUUACAAGGCUGAAUGAGGGUGCUGUUGGUCUUUGUGCACAACCCAUCUCAGACCUAGAUUAUGUUCUCUAUAUAAACGUGUGUGCCUCCUCAUUGUGUGAUACACAUCUUUAAUCAAUACAUUUCUAUCUUUUCUCUCCAUCCUUAAUCAUGAUCCAUUCAACAUUUCCUACUUGAAAUCUUAAAUAUUUACAGUAUUCAACGGUGAGCCACUGCGUAGCUUUGGUAUGAAUGGUUUGUUUCAUGUCUUCAACUGUCCGAUGCCGCAAACAGAUGAUGAUAAGAAAGCUUCGCUUGAUAGAUAUUUCAAUGCUUAUGAUGAAAACGUGAAUUCGAGGAACGCACGGACAUUUAAGAAGGGCGUUGGUAAUGAAAGGUCUCAUAGGACUGUUAGUACUAGUGGGAUACCACUUGCUUCAAUGCCCAUUGUUACUGUGCCUUGUACCAGUGUUGUUGAUGAUGCAUUACCUGACGAGCUUGCUAAGAAGCUUAAGGAACCUUACGCAAAAACCGAUGAGAAUUUGACUGCUUCGCUCGCAGCUCCUGAAAUCUGUCCAUUUGCUCCUGUUGACAAGUAUGUCUUUAUGCAGGAACUCAGUGACCUCCGUUCUGAUUUCCGCUACUUCAUGCAGGAAAACGGUUCCUUAAUCAAGUCAAUUGAAGAUCAGAUGAAGGAAAUUAAUGAAAGACAUGCUUCAGCUAUUCUAGAAAGGAGAACUGCAGCUGCCGAUGACGAAAUGGUACUCGUGGAGGCCGCUGUAAAAGCAGCAAUGGCAGCUCUAAACAAACAAGGAAACAGUAAUUCAGCUAUAUAUGCUGCGUCUGCUGCCUCUUCUUCUAUAAAACAGCAGACGAAUCAACCAGUUCAGCGCAGGGAAGUGGAACAGAGGGCUGCAGCCCCGCAGAAAAGGCGAGCUCGAUUUGAAAACAAGCGUGCAUCAGCCGAAGAGGUUGAUGGAUAUUCCCUGAUAAUAGAAGGAGACUCAAGCACCGAUGAGAGUGACAGUGAGACUUCAGCUUAUAAGGAGACACGAGAUCGCUUACUUCAGCGUGCCGAUAAAAUCCUUAGUGUUGCAUCUGUGGUGUACUCCCAGCUUUCAAGGGUGAAGACGAUAUUUAAGAGGUGUGCGCGAGACUAUCCAUCUGCUUGUCGGAGUGCUUACAAGUGUUUGACCGUUCCUUCCAUCUAUUCACCUUAUGUAAGACUGGAGCUUUUGAGAUGGGAUCCUCUUCAUCAACAUGUGGAUUUCUCUGACAUGAAUUGGCAUGGACUGCUGUUUGAUUAUGAGAUUGGGAAUGGUUUUGCACCAGUUUGUACUGAUCCUAACUUUGUAUCUGAGCUAGUGGAAUACGUUGCGAUUCCCAUUUUGCACCAUCGGAUAGUUCGUUGCUGGGAUAUACUUAGCACCCGGGAGACAAGAAAUGCUGUUGCUGCUACAAGCUUGGUGGCAAGUUAUGUUUAUUCUUCGAGUAAGGCCCUAGCGAAACUAUCUGUUGCUCUUCGUGCUCGCCUUGUUGAAGCCAUUACAGCUAUUAGUGUUCCGACAUGGGAUCCUCAGGUAUCAAAGGCUGUACCUAAUGCUCCACAAGUUGCAGCAUAUAGGUUUGGGACAUCAGUCCGUCUUAUGAGAAAUAUUUGUAUGUGGAAAGACAUGAUGGAGCUUCCGGUGUUGGAGAAGUUGGCUCUGAGUGACCUUUUGUUUGGAAAAGUUUUACCUCAUGUCAGAAGCAUUGCAUCAGAAUCAAAUAUGCAUGAUGCUGUGACAAGAACUGAAAUGAUCGUUGCUUCUUUGUCUGGAGUAUGGACUGGACCAAGUGUCACAAGAACCCACAGUCGUCUGCUGCAACCCCUUGUGGAUUGUACUCUGACACUUGGAAGAAUACUCGAGAAAAGGCUUGCCUCGGGACUGGUCGAUACGGAAACCACUGGUCUCGCCCCCAGGUUAAAGAAAAUACUUGUCGAGCUCCAUGAACAUGGACACGCCGGGAAAAUUGUCAGAGCAUUCAAUCUCAAGGAGGCAGUUCAAAUUUAGCUGAGGCAAUAUUUCUAUCAAUGUAAGUCACACUAGUUGCACUGGAAGCGUAAUAGUAUAGUUCAAUUAUCAGUGAUCAAGAAUCGGUAUUUACUAGACACAUGCUUGAAAACUGUAAAUUUUUAACGUGAUGGUAAGUCCCAGUAUUUUUCCAAAUUUCAGCCUAACAGAUCAAUUUAACAAAAGAGAAAAAUGAUUGAUAUUUUAUAUACUGUAAAUAGAAUUAGAAAUUGAGCAAGUGUACCAAACACCGUCCAAUAUACAAGAAAAAGGGUGAGAAGAGUGUUGUAGUGAUUGAUAUGAUUAUAUUGAGAAGAGAAUCGAAUUUGUCGAGUGCUCCUAUCCACC